GGUUGGUGGCAGCCCUAUAUCGAUAUCCCCGCUGUUCUCGCUUCCCAACACUGCAACCGACAGCGACCGUUUGACAACACUGGCCUGCAAAUCUGAUUUUUUACAAUAUUAUGGCACUUGCGCGGCUCGCAAAUCAUAUUCACUGACUAAAAUCCUUUGGAAGUCAUUGCCAAAAGUGGAGAAUCGCUGCCGCUGAGGCCCCCGCGCUAAGAAUCGCCUCCCAGGAAGCCGAGGUGCCGAAAACCAGACAUCUAGCCCCCCCUGCCCUCCUCCCGCAGCCCAUAAACGAGGAGACGCCGACUGUAAUUGCAAAGUAGAAAUCAACAUUGUCGCCGACCAUCACACAUAUUAUGAAAUGGACAAUGCCCUCGGCCAUCAGUGGCGCGGCACACGGCCAGGUACACAUACCCAGCAACGAGGAGUGCGGCAUACGGGACGUGUGGAAGCAUAACCUGGAGGAGGAGUUCCGCACAAUACGGAAGGUGGUGCAGAAAUAUCAUUAUGUGGCCAUGGACACCGAGUUCCCGGGCGUUGUGGCGCGACCCGUUGGCGAGUUCCGAUCCACGGCAGACUAUCACUACCAGCUACUGAGAUGUAACGUCGACCUGCUAAGGAUCAUCCAACUGGGCCUGACAUUCAUGGACGACGAUGGCAAGACACCGCCCGGCUACUCCACCUGGCAGUUCAACUUCAAGUUCAAUCUGAGCGAGGAUAUGUACGCCCAGGACUCGAUAGAUCUUCUCCAGAACUCGGGCAUUCAGUUCAAAAAGCACGAGGAGGACGGCAUCGAUCCCAUAGAGUUUGCGGAGCUGCUGAUGAGCUCGGGCAUCGUGCUGGUGGAGAACAUCAAGUGGCUGUGCUUCCACUCUGGCUACGAUUUCGGUUAUCUACUGAAGCUGCUCACGGAUCAGAACCUGCCCGCCGACGAGGGCGACUUCUUCGAGCUGCUGCACAUCUACUUCCCCAACAUCUUCGACAUCAAGUAUCUGAUGAAGUCGUGCAAAAACCUGAAGGGCGGCCUGCAGGAGGUGGCCGACCAGCUGGAGCUGCGCCGCGUGGGUCCGCAGCACCAGGCCGGCUCCGAUGCACUGCUUACGGGCAUGGCCUUCUUCAAAAUGCGUGAGAUGUUCUUCGAGGACAACAUCGACCAUGCCAAGUACUCCGGACAUCUGUACGGCCUGGGCACCUCGUUCAUUGUCAACGGCACCAACUUCCACGAGAGCAACGGCGAGACGAACAGCGCCUCUUGAUUCGUGCUGAUGGGCAACGUGGUCGUGCACGACAGAAAGUUUGAGCAGGAGCAGGAGGUGGCAGCGGUGGCUGCACCAAUCGCCACCACCACCAGCAGCACCAACACCACCACCACCACCGCAUUGCAAUAAUCCGUUUCAAUCGGAUUUUCGAUUGGAUUUUCUAUAUCCCCAUUUACGUAUAUAAAGCACUUUUUGUUUUUUUCAAAGCAAACUAAAGGGAAAAAAGUAACAUACGCCAAUUGUAAAUCACACAUAAAGCCAAUUGUAAAUCACACACUUCGAGGGAGACAGAACUUUGCAAACCCUAAAUAGAUCCAAUUUCAAUUUCUGCAUGUUUUUGUGUUAAUAAUACAGAACCUAAGCUAUUUAUCUAAGAUAACAUUGUAAGCCAAAGGGCGAAUAGAAUAUUGUGUAUUUGUAUAAAAAACAAAAGAACCCGCAGAACAAUAUAUUUAAAACUUUUUAAUUUAGUGUAAA